AUGACGCCAAAUAGUUCGGAUAUUAUUUUAACACCACCAUCAACACCAUUUCGUAUUCAAAAUUAUCGUACCCUAGCUUAUGUUGUUACAACACUUGUUUAUCUUGUUAUUGGUGCAGCUAUAUUCGAUAGGUUAGAAUCAACACAAGAAGCUAUUCGACAUGCUAAUUUAACAGCACGUAUUGCUAUAUUUCAACAACAACAUAAUUUGAGUGAUAAUGAUUUUAUAAAUUUAACUCGAACUGUUGAAUUACGUUUACAUUAUCGUAAAAAACAAUGGAAAUUUAUUGGUUCAUUUUAUUAUGCAACUGUUGUACUUGCUUUAAUAGGUUAUGGACAUGCUAUACCACAUACAAAAGCUGGACGUGCUGUAACAAUAGCAUAUGCAUUAAUAGGUAUACCAAUGUGGCUUAUUAUGAUUCAAAGUGUUGGUGAACGACUUAAUUCAUUAAUAAGAUUUGUUUUGAAACAUAUUAAAAGACGUAUUAAACGUAAACGAGAACCACAAAUAACAGCUAUGGAAUUAUUAACAUGUGAAGCAUUAUUAACUGUAUUAACACUUGCAACAGGAUCUUAUGUAUUUCAUCGAUAUGAAAGUUGGCGAUAUUUUGAUGCAUUUUAUUAUUGUUUAUUAACAUUAACAACAAUUGGUUUUGGAGAUUUAGUACCUAUGCAAAAGGAAGAUUAUGGACAUAUUGAUUGGUUGUAUAUAUUAUUUUGUAUAAUAUUUAUUUUAACGGGUUUAACAAUUGUUGCAUCAAGUGGUAAUUUACUUAUUUUACGUUUUGUUGAAACGAAUACAAAACGUUCACAACAUGAACGAUAUGAAAUGGAAGAACGUCGUCGUCAACAAGUUCGUGUUGUUGGUGAUGUUAUAUCAUCCAAUGGUCGUCUUGUUACAUUAGAAGAUGAUGAAGAUACACCAUCAUUACUUGGACCUGUUGGUGCACAACGUAUAACAAUGGGUCAUAGUACAAGUGAUUUAUCAAUAUGUUCAUGUCGUGCUCAACCAUCAUUGUCAUCAUGUAUACCAACAUCAUGGAAAACAAAAUUUAAACGUAAACAUCAAAAUAUAUUACAUCAUCAAAAACCAACAUUAAUACAACCACAAAUGUUUGUUAUACGAUCACUUCGAGAACAAAUUCUUGAUUCAUUAAAAACAAAAACUGAAAUUGAUGAAAAUACUGCUUUACAAAGAUCAUAUCUUCAACUUGAUAAAAUUCUAAAAAGAAGUUCGAUAUAA